GGCUCAGUACGCGAGCGAGCGUGAUACGGAAUGAACGUGUGGUGCGUUUUGCGCGAGCGUUGACUCUGCGAAUAUUUUUUUUUUAUUUUACGAAUUAUACCAGCCAGAACUAAGUUUUUGGAGUAUAAAGUCGGAAACAGAAAAAAGUUUAUAACACUAAGUUAACUUCGAUGCAGUUCGCGCAGUUUUUUGACCAAAUUUGUGUAUUUCCGUAUAGACGCGAAAAAAAGUGAAGAAAGACUUCGAAAACAAAGGACAGUUUUGUACAUUUUCGCUACGUUUGCGAAAUUGUGUUCAAAAAAUUUAUCUGGCUCAAUCGUGGAAAGAAAAAAAAGUUAAAACCGCGGCCAACUAGUUAAUCUGUGGUCAUCGAACAAUCAAACAAAACAGCAACGAAUUUACUGCAUCUACUAGUUCCCUUAAAUUUCUCGUCAAACCUAUCGUGAACUUUCAGAAUACUAACCUAAAAUUACAGUGAGUUCGUCGACCUAACAAAUCUACAGUGAAACAGUUUUAUAAACCAAGAUUAUCUGGAAUAAGUGACGAGUUGGUUUAUAAUAAUGUCUACUGCCAUAAUGCAUCAGUCUGCGCUGUACGACUUUGGUGAUAUGUUCUUGAAGGUGAGCCCCGAUUACUCGGACAAUGGAUUAAUGAUAACGACAUUCAACCAAUCUCGGCCAGUGCAGUCGAUGAACACAACAGUUGCCGCCACGGGUCCUGUCGGCGCCGCCGCCGGCGUCGGAUGGGAGCAGCACCCAGUCCUGACCCGCGCCGCCUCCGUGCCGGCGCACCGCGCCGCCAUCGUCGGGCUCCUCGACAGACUCGGCCAUCGCCGCCUCGAACGCACCACCAGCGAGCCGGCGCCCCCGCCGCCGGCCACCAGCCGCUACAAGACCGAACUCUGCCGCCCCUUCGAAGAAGCGGGCGUCUGCAAAUACGGCGACAAGUGUCAAUUCGCACAUGGCAUGCGCGAACUCCGCAACCUCCAGCGCCACCCCAAGUACAAGACGGAACUGUGCCGCACCUUCCACUCUGUAGGGUUCUGUCCGUACGGGCCUAGAUGCCACUUCGUUCACAAUGCCGAGGAAGCCAGACGCCGCGAGUCCACUUCUCCCGGCGGCUCCCUGGCGUCGCUGUCGUCUGGUGGCUCGAUGGCUUCGUACAUGAGCGACGGCUCCCGCUCGCCGCGCUCGCCUCACUCGCCGCACUCUCCGAUGGCUCCUCAGUCGCCGCACUCGCCGCCGGCCAUGUCUCCGCCCGCGUUCGCCUUCCGCGGCUCGCAGUCGCCCGACCCCGAGGACGACAGGCUGCCCGUGUUCAACCGCCUCUCCAACGCGUUCGGCGAGCUCGUCAUCGCCUAGACGCCCGCCUAGUCCUAAGUUAACUUAUACCGAGCGUAAUAAGGAUCGUCCGUCACCGUAGUGCCUAAAACUCGACGUCUUCCAGGCCGCGCCCGAGCGCCGCGCCGUCCCGCACACCCGCUCAACGAAUGAUCUCCAGUUUGCCUAUGCUCUUUAAAUACUUCGACCUGUAAUAUAUAACGUUAACGAAGUUUUCACUGGCGUCUCGAAAGUUUGCGGUGUGAAUUAAGUGAUUUACCUACAGUACAUCUUUAUUAUUAUCGGCACGCACUUGUAAAUGGCACCUUAUAUUAUUAGAUAUUUAUUGCGUAGCUCGCGGAAGUCUUCCCUUAGCGAUCCUCCGCCGAGCGGUGGUCUCUUUGUAAAGUUAGAUAUAGAACAUUUUAUUUAUUUCGUACUGCCUAACCGCGCUCGGAUCUGUACCGCGGGGAGGCGCUCGUGAUCUAUUUUUAAGGAUUUAAGAUAAUAAUUUAUUAUUUAUUUCGAGUCUCUUUAACUGUAAUAAUUAUUGUGUAACUAGCAGUUGCGAUGCCACACCGCACACGGACGCACCAGGCGUCUCGCUGUAUCGAUCUUAGUCGACUGAUCCCGGCACUGCUUACCUCUCAACCUCAAAUACCAUCGUGAACAUAUGAACACAUCGUGAACGGCAGACCCGGAAUCAGUCGUCACCUCGUCGGGAGCUCGGCGCCUCACGUCCACAACACAACAUCCGUUGGUCCGUAAUUACCAUCCGCAUAUCGAAAGCUCUGAUACGGGCCACAGGGUCUAGUAGCAGUAGUCGCUAACCGCCACCGCUAGCGAUCCCAAUCGUCCGUGGCCCGUUUGAGAGCCGUCGGUGAAUCCCGCGGCGCGCCGCCGCGGGGUUUUUUGUUUCGCGUCGUGCGAGGAGGACCGGCUGCGAGCGGAAACCUGUUUGGGAUUUUCGUGAUUGUUUUUUUUUCGACCUCGUGCCUCACUCUCCGGUCCCUCUCGCCUCGACGUCGAACUGAUCGCGCCCGGACGCGAUGCAAAAAGUAAAAGAGGACGCGCCGAACUCCCGAGGACUCGCGUACCAAUAAAGCUGCGUAAAGUGACUACAAUCGAUAACUCAGUUCAAGCUGCAGUACGCGGGCCGGCGCCGCUGCUCCGGCGGCGGCGCACCCACAGAGUGCCUUUUACUUUAAUAACAAAUUAAAUCGAUUAUAAUAUUUAAUUUUUAGUUGAUCGAGAUAGAUUGAUUGUUUAUUUAUUGUCUCCUUUUGAAUAAAAUAUUCAAAUUGGCACAGUUAUUACUUUUGUAUUUUUGACAGAACUAAGGUGAUUAGUUUCGACUUAGCAUAGUUUUUUUUCUUUGAAUUUAAAGUGUGAUAUUUUAUAAUAUUUAUAUAACAAAGUUUAAUGUUUUAAUUAAGGGACCAAGUAAGUGAUUAGGAGAAAUUCUGAUAGAAGCAGCCAGAUACGCUUUCGAAUCUUACCAAGAGACUGUACUCUCGCCACUUAUGAAUACUACAUAUUUUGUUAUACUUGUCAGAUCUACGAUUUUGUAUGAUCAAUAAACGAACAUGUUGACCGU